AUGUACCAUAAAUAAGUAAAAAAACAUUAAGAUUCUCCUACGGUAGCAAAAAGUGGGGACUAUGAUUCACAUGGUUGAUUUAACAUCCUCCAACUUGAUAACCGCUACCAGAACUCCUUCUUUAUCGGAUUCUAGAUUCAAACAAAGAUUACUACUCAUCAACAAACACUCCCACAAUCUCACUCUCAACACUACCACUAGACCAAUUCACCUGAAGAUGGCCGCCGGUGACUCCACCACCGCAAACCUCGAUCAAAACCCAGGGAUUGAACAGAAGAGAAUAGUUAUACAAAAUAAUCAUGGUGAGAAACUUGUGGGGUUGUUACACGAUACAGGGUCCAAAGAUAUUGUAGUCUUGUGCCAUGGAUUCCAAUGCACAAAGGAGUACAAUAUGAUGGUGGAACUUGCUUUUGGUUUAGAAAAACAUGGGAUUAGUGCAUUUCGCUUUGAUUUUUCAGGAAAUGGGGAAAGUGAAGGCAUAUUUGAAUUUGGUAAUUACCGUAAGGAGGUUGAUGACUUGCAAGCAGUAAUCCAACAUUUCGCUGCAGAAAAUCGUGUCGUAAGUGCAAUUCUUGGACAUAGUAAAGGUGGGAAUGUGGUGGUUUUAUAUGCAUCGUUACACCAUGACAUUCACACCGUCGUAAACGUGUCUGGUCGAUAUAAGAUGGAUAGGGGCAUUGAGGAGCGUUUGGGAAAAGAUUAUCUGGAAAGAGUGAAAAAGGAUGGUUUUAUCGACAUCAAAUCCAAAAAAGGAGAAUCAUCGUUUCGUGUGACGAAGGAAAGUCUAAUGGAACGCUUGAACACAAACAUGCAUGAAGCGGGACUUAAAGUUGACCAAGAUUGCAAGGUGUUGACCGUUCAUGGAUCAGUUGAUGAAGUCAUUCCAGUUGAAGAUGCUUCGGCGUUUGCCAAGACCAUACCCAACCAUGAGUUAAGAAUCAUUGAGGGGGCUAACCAUGGUUACACUAACCACAGAGACGAAUUAGUUUCGGUUGUUUUGAAUUUCUUAAAGAACAAUAUGCAUAGGGCAUGAUCCAUGCUGUCUUCUUUGAAGUUGGAACAAAAUAAAAUUUAAAGCAGAAUAUUUGUAUUAACUUGUGAUUAUAAAUACUGGACUGUAUUUGUGUAAAAUAUAUGUGUGCACUUAAUGAGAAAAAUUAAAUAAUUAGUUAAGACUA